UUCAACCGGAACUGGAAUUGAGAUGCACUAGUGCACAUGUUUACUAUGUUUACGUGAAGAUGGCUGCAAACGGUACUCAGUUGGCGCUUGUUCAGGUUGAUUUUUGUAAUGAAUUGCUGAGUUCAUCAGAACUAUUUCAAAGUCGGAGCCAAAGUCAUAAGAUUCCUGUGAGGGGUCAAAAAGAGUUUUUACCAAACAAGUCAGAGCAGCAAAAGGCAUGUUUGCAGAAGACCCUUGAUGAGCACUGGGUGCUUGUGAAGGAGGAACGAGUGGAGCGAGUUGGGAACCUUGUGAAUGCAGAAUGGAUCCCUGAGGAAAAGCUAGUGAAGCUAAAGUCUCCAGCUGGAAAAUUUUGGCAGACAAUGGGAUAUUCUGAUCAAGGAAAGCAGUGCUUGUUUCCUGAGGAGGCUCUUUACCUCAUGGAAUGUGGCAAUGUGCAGGUGUUUUACCACGAUCUACCUAUCUCCAUCCAAGAGGGUUAUGAAAGUUUCCUUUCUGCUGAAACUGUGACUUUUAUUCAGUACCAGGUAUUCGGUCAUUUAAAAAGACUAGGAUAUGUGGUGAAGCGAUUUGAUACAAGAUUGCCAUCUUUGUAUAGACAACAGCUGAAUCUGCCCCUAUCCAACAACAGACUACACAAGCUGUUUAAGAGGAAAUGGAGCCUGAUUCCUGGUGAUAGACUGUGCAAUAAGAAAAGUACUGAAAAUCCAGAGGUAUCUGCAGGACAUCAUGAAGGUGAACUUAAAACCAAUGUCCCAUACAGCAGCUUGGAAUCUCCAGGCCAAUUACAAAUGCAACAAGCCUUCCAGGGUGAGACAUUGAUUCUGGAUCAGUCUUUAAACAGAGCUCCAGGGAGGAACUGGUGGACUUAUAUACCAAGCAAACCCCAGGCUGAUUCAUUUCAGCCUUCAGUAUGGUACUGGGACUUCAGCUGCAUCUUUUUUCCAGAUCUGGGCUCAUAUAACGCCAACUGUGCUUCCCUGCCCCCUCCUGAUCCCAGCUUGCUCCCUGGUGCUCUGCAGGUACAAGAGUGCCACCUAGCUCAGUGGCACAGAAAUAUCAAUAUGAGGCAGGAACUUUGGUCCAAGCAAGAGUGGCAGAGGGAGCAAAACCAACACCGAUGCAACAUUAAUGAUGAUCAGCGUGUGCGUCAUUGCAGGAACUGGGUCGAGUAUUUAGAGCUGGUGGAUAAAAGAAGGAGCAAGCAGCACAACGAAAGGCCCAAACACUAUGGGGAACAGCAGGUUUUGCCUCUUGCUCAGCCCAGAAAAUGUAGUUCACAUCGUGAGCUUCUGGAGCACAUUAACAUUAUUCAGUCUUAUGAUUUGUUGACAGAAAACUCCAGGUUACCGUGCUCAGAACUAUGGAGGAUCAUCUUUAACCUUUACCAGCCUGACACUGAGUUUAAGAAAAGUUGCCCAGGAAAGCCCUAUACCCGUUUGUGUGUUUGCAGUUUUGAUGAGCCAGUGCCAAACUUGCAUGUCUUGAACAAGCUGUCCUUGCAAAGUGGAGACGUGGCUAUGACAUUUGCAGUGGUGGACCAUGGAGAUAUUUCCUUCUACUCAUUCAAAGAUUUUAAGCUGCCCACUGAUGUCUAUUAAGAGGACUUCAUGUUUAAAUUGAAGAAGCCAAUUGUAACCAACAAAGCCAUCAUAUCUAUUAUAGUCAUAUAUAUCUAUUAAGAGCAUUUUGAUGUAAUUAUAUUUUAUUUCAAAUGCUUAUUCAUAACACACUGCACAUGUGUAUAAGCAUGGCAAAUAACAUAUUUUGCACAAUAAAAGUACAUAAAAUAA